AUGAACUUCAACCUGUUCAAAUUCCGAAGCUUUUCAGCUCUGCUAGCCGUAACCCAAUCACCAUCUUUGCUCAACUCCAGAAUACAGGUUCUGGUAAAACAAGAACGCCAUUGGGAAGCCCUUCAAGUGUAUGGUCAGGAAUCUUGUUUCCCUCUCCACAUCUCCAAAUUCACGUUGCCUUCUAUACUUAAAGCUUGCACUUCCCUCUCAAGCCCUCAGUAUGGAAGGGCAAUACAUGGAACCAUCAUCACCUUGGGUCUACAAUUCGAUCCUUUUAUUGCCACUUCGCUCGUUAAUAUGUACUUCAAGCGUGGGGAUGUUUACAAUGCCUUCCAGGUGUUUGAUAAUGUGUCCCAAUGUAAAACACUGGUUCAAGACGUUCCUCUUUGGAACUCUGUGAUCGAUGGCUUUCUUAAAAAUGGGUUUAUAAGCGAGGGAAUUCUCCAAUUCCGUAGAAUGCAGUUUUCAGGUGUUAGUCCUGAUGGAUAUACUCUUUGCAUUAUGCUUGGACUCUUGGAUCACGAUUGCGGGAAUGUUCAAAGAGGAAGGGAAAUUCAUGGUUAUAUUGUCAGAAGAUCAUUGCAUGAUACUUUUGUUGCCACCGCCUUGAUUGAUUUGUACUCCAGAUACGGUAGGCCGAUGGAUGCUUGGUAUAUUUUCCACGGGUUGGAGAAUAAAAACCGCACUACUGUAGUGUGGAACGUGAUGAUUAAUGGAUUUAAUGAGAGCGGAUGGUGGAGGAAGAGUUUGGAAGUUUACUCAUUUGCCAAGAAUGAGGGUUGCGUUCUAGUCUCAUCAACACUUUCUAGUGCAUUGGCUGCUUGUUCUCACGGUGGAUGCUCUGUUUUAGGUCGGCAGGUGCAGUCUGAUGUUAUUAAAUUAGGGUUUCAGGAGGAGCCAUAUGUUUGCACUUCUCUGUUGACCAUGUAUGCCAAAUGUGGACUGCUUGUAGAUGCAGAAAAGGUUUUCCAUGCAGUUGCACGUAAAGAAGUUGAAAUAUGCAACUCUAUGAUAUCAGCUUACGUGGACAAUAGCUUCUUCUCUGAUGCUUUAGAUACUUAUCAGCAAAUGCGACUGAGUGCAAUUCCUUCCGAUUCAUUCACUGUCCCAGAUAUUAUAGUAUGUUGUAAUAUGAUGGAGUUGUAUGAUCUUGGGAGGACACUGCAUGCAGAAAUUGUUAAGAGACCAAUCCAGAAUAAUGUUGCAAUCCAGAGUUCUCUCUUGACCAUGUACUCGAAGUGUGGGAAUUUAAAGAAUGCCCUUGAUAUUUUCAGCAGCAUUGGGAUACGGGAUGUAAUUGCUUGGGGUUCCAUUAUAUCAGGUCAUUGCCUAGAUGGCCAAUUCAUGGAGGCUCUGGAUUUAUUUAAACUGAUGGAGUCUGAUGCUGUGAAACCUGAUUCUGAUAUAGUCGCAGCUUUGAUAAAUUCUUCCACAAAAACAGGGAACACGAUUCUUGGUCUCUGUAUACACGGGACUGUUAUAAAGAGAGGACUGGAAGUUGAUGCCUACGUUGGUACUGGGUUGAUGGAUCUUUAUUCCAAACUCAGACAACCAAACUCAGUCGCAUCUGUGUUCUCUGAUAUUAAGCACAAGAAUUUGGUGGUUUGGAACUCUUUAAUUUCUUGCUAUUGCCAGAACAACCUCAUAGAUCUGUCAAUCAGCCUUAUUCCUCAGAUACUGCAGAGCGGCUUGACUCCUGAUUCUGUUUCUGUUACUACAGUCCUCCUUGCUAUCUCAUCUGCGGCAGCAUUGCUCAAGGGGAAGGCAAUUCAUGCCUGCAAAAUAAGAAUUCAAAUUCCGGAUGAUAUUCAAAUGGAGAAUGCAUUAAUUGACAUGUAUAUGAAGUGCGGAUCCUUAUCACAUGCCAAGCAUGUCUUUCAGAAGAUGUCGUGUAGAAAUUUAGUAACAUGGAAUUCUGUGAUCUCUGGUUAUGGAUCUCAUGGGGAGUGCCUUAAAGCAAUCCACACCUUCAAUGAGAUGAGAAGCUCGGGUAUCUCCCCAGAUGACAUUACGUUUCUUUCCCUGAUUUCUUCUUGCAACCAUUCAGGUUUGGUCGAUAUAGGCCUGGAUACGUUUGAGCUGAUGAGAGAAUACAGGGUUGAACCCAGAAUGGAACAUUAUGUUAACAUGGUUGAUCUCUUGGGCCGUGCUGGAUUGUUGAAUGAUGCAUAUGCUUUUAUAAAGAAAAUGCACAUUGAGGCUGACCGGAGCGUGUGGUUAUGUUUAUUAUCAGCCUGUCGAGUCCAUCGCAAUGUAGAGCUAGGGGAACUGGCCGCUAAUAACCUGUUGAAGAUAGAUCCCGACAGGAGCAGCAAUUACAUACAGUUGCUGAAUUUAUAUGUAGAAGCUGGUUUACAUGUCAAGGCAGCAGAUUUGAGGAUAUUAAUGAGGCAGAAGGGAUUAAAGAAGGUCCCAGGAUUUAGUUGGAUUGAAGUGAAAAACAGGAUUGAUGUUUUCUUCUCAGGUGAUUCAUCCUCCAUCGAGACAAUUCAAAUCUUUGAAGCUCUGAAAAGCCUAAAUCGUAACAUGAGGAAGACACAAGAUUCUCAUGAAUCUGUUGAGGAAGGCUGGGACUAA